AGCAAGUCUUUACGUCACCGACUGCCCUGAUGCUUCAGUGCGCAUGAGCGAAUACUGAUUAAAGUGUGUCUCCGGUAGCCAAUAGGUCGCGCCGUUUGUGUUUCUUAGCAACCAGUGUAAACUAUCUUGUAGCGCUAACUAGACUAUUAUCCAGGGAUCCCGGGGACAGACAUGGACCCUUCCAGUUUUCUAGAAGUCAGAUGGGUACAAGGAAUUAACCAGAAACAUGUCACGUUUAUCAACCCUCAGACAGUGUGCCACCCGUGUGGGAAUUUCAUCAUUUUUACGGACACUGAGACAAAGUGUCAGUCUCUGUUACAGUGUCCGUCUGGGAGUAUCGGAGCGUUUGCUGUAAAUAUGAGCAGUGAAGUGGUGGCAUUCAGUGACAAGAAACUUCCCCCAAAUAUUCAUGUGUUUACCUACCCAGGGCUUGUGAAAAGAGCUGAACUAAAAGGUGCAGCACAGCUGGAAUAUUCAUUGCUAGCAUUCAGUCACUCCGGACACUACUUAGGUAGUUACUCAUCAGUUCCAGACCACCUACUUACAAUAUGGAACUGGCAGGAAGGUGUUGCACUAUGCAGUGUGUCAGAUACCAGAUCCAGCUUUACCAGUUUGACCUUUAACCCCAUGGAUUGGCAUCAAUUGUGUCUGUCUAGUGAGGAGGCCCUUACGCUUUGGAAUAUUGAAGUCUGUGACACAGUAUACCACCUGAAAUCUACGCCGGUCAAACUUCUCAGUGAAGAUGGUAUAUUGGUUGAAGAGGAUGGCCAUCACAGUGCUCAACCAGACAGUCUACUAUCCUACUUUGGACCUCAGAUGCCCUUAUCUGCUAUUGCUGGCUUAGUAGGGGAUACAGUAGAAGGAUUCAUGCCGAAAGAACAAAGAAAACCUUGCGUUAAACCCAGUACCCACUGCUGGAGCUCGACAUCUAACUUGUUUGUUGGAUGUGAAGGAGGACAGCUACUGUCUGUGAACCCUGAGACACAGAAAAUGACUAUUCUAAACUUAACCGAGCCUUCUACAGCUGGAGAGUCACCGAGAGAGGCUUUAUAUGAAGGAAACAUAAAAACGAUGGCACUUCACAGGGACGGACUAUACGUAGGCGGAAACGAUGGCAUCUUAUGGUUAUGCUCCAUAAAAGGUUCAGAGUUUAAAAAGAAAGAAUGUUUGAAUGUCAAGGAACCCAUUGAGAGCAUCAGCCUUUCUUCAGAUUACAAGGCUCUUUCUGUUGCAACACAUAAGGGAUCUGUGUACAUAUACAAGUCCGAACAGCAUGGAGACCCAGUUCAGAUAUUGAAUACAUGUAAUGAUGAGUUAACCGCUGCUGACUUUUUGACUAAUGGAAGCAAGUACUGUUUGAGUGUUGGACAGUCCGGAGAAGUACAGUUCUGGUCACUGGAGGACGGAGCAAACAUCAGCUCAUUGAAUAUUGAUACACAGGCAUCCUGCUUGGCGUGCUGCCCAUCUUCCCAUUAUGCAGUAAUAGGGAGCAGCAGCGGCCAUAUCUUUUUUGUUGAUGCCGUGAAAGUAAAAGAUCCUCGAAUAAUUGCAAGAAAAAGACUUUAUCACGUCCCUGUGCUGCAUCUGCACUUUGAUCAGAAAGGAAACGUUCUUGUGACCGGAGCUGCAGAUGGACACAUAUUUAUUCUGGAUGCAAGACCAUCAAGUUCAUUCCAGGUUCUUGGAUACACAGUGGUUGGCGGAGAUAUUCUGUCAUUGUCAUUACUAAGCUCAUUGGAGUCUCAUCAUGUUAAAGCCCUGGCACUUGUGUGCCCCUCCGGGGAGAAGGAAGAAGAGGAAGGAGGCACCCAGCUUGAAUUGUUUUCUCUGGCUCUGAAACUUUUGCAACGUCCCAGUGAGUACAUUGAUCAGCUUGGGAUGCUUAAAGACUCCAUGAUCCAAAAGCAACAAUACAAGGUGGAGCAGCCUCUAUUUUCAGCUGUUCUGGGAGGCAGUGGCAAUGCUGUCUAUGGUUACUGCUGUGAUUCUUCAUUUAUUUACAAGUUUGCGCUGCCAAAGGAAACAUCUGGUAAUAUGAUUAAAGUUCUACCUGCAGAAAAAAAAGUUUGCGGAAGUCAGCUGGGACGUGGCUACCUGGGCUUGUCUCCUCAUCACAAGUGGCUGUCAGUAUCGGCAGCCGAUGGUAUUUUAUAUCUUAAAGAUUCUUUUACUUUGGAAACCUAUGCUGAGGUAUGUUGUCAUUCAUACCACACAGAAGGCAUCGGCACAAUGGCAUUUUCUUUAGAUGGACAUACGCUUAUUACUACAGGGGUGGGAGAUGGUGCAGUUGUUUGCCUGACGUGGAGACAUCCUGGAAAAAAUGGAGUGAAGGAAGCCUUCGACUAUGGUCGGACUCUGAGCAUUUCCCUUCAAGAUACUACAUUUAAGGAAGAUGAGGCUUUACGGAAAAUGCCACCAUGGAGCCCAGAUUCAAAUAUCUCACUUGUGCAAGAAAGAGAGGAGAGACAGCUUAGUGUUGAGGUGACGGAGCAGGAUGACAGCUACACCAGCUCCUCAGUAGUGCAAGCUACAGAUCCUACUUGGCUCAAUCACAAAUUCACCGAAGCCAUAAAAGAAGAAGAGAAGAAGUAUGCUGACCAGAAGAAGAGUCUCAGGAAUGGUAUAAAAGAACUGAGGCAUAAAAUACAAGCUAUGAUGCGAGAGAAUGAAUCCUUACCUGAAAUCGAAAAGUUGGACCAACAAGAAUUUAACUUGGACACAGAAGAGCAGGAAAGGCUCCGGGAUGAAAGUGAGCAGGAAGUGGAACGAGUUCGAAAAGAAAUCGAGCUUGAAAAUUUGUCCAGGCAAUAUUUACGGGAAAUCAUCAAAAAGGAAUGCUGGGAUUCUAUGUCAGUAACAGGACGUUCUAUUAUGUCCUUUCAUACAGAACAGGAAGUGACAAACUAUCCGUUGAAAGAACGUACAGCAAAAGAAUUGGAAGAUAUUGCCAGAGUUUUGAAUGUAAAAAAGACGGAAUCUGUUGAUCUCAAGAUCAGAAAGGAAAUUGUUGAGGUUCAGGCAAAAAUUGGAACAGCAGAGGAAGAAGAAGUAGAAGAGGAGACUGAGAAAAGUCAUGAUACCACGUCUCUGAUUGGGAGCCUGAGCGAUCAGUACGGUGGAGACACCUCCAACCUAUACAGCCAGCUGGAAAUGCACAGCCGAGAGGAGAAAAUAAACCAAAUUAUAUUACUGCAAGACAUUAUCUAUAAUGUGAAAACAAGCUUCAACAAGGAGUUUGAAGUGGUGUACAGACAGAAAGAGCAAGAAGUGACUCGUGUGAACGAAAGGAAUCAGAGAAUCUAUGAGAUAAUGUCCGAGUUAAAUAUACAAGAAAAACUUUUAGAACCAAAAUUUACAGAUAAUGAAAAGCCAGAAAGAGCCCUCACCGUGGAUGAUUCAGAGAUAAAAGUUGAAAAAUAUUUAACGCCAGAACAAAAAGCAAAGGUGGAGCUGCAAGCGAAGCAGAAAGAGGAGGAGCGUUUGGCUGCACAGGAAGAUAAUGCCAAACAGCGAGCUCUGAAUGACAUGAUGGGAGGCGUCUUGGAGGUGAAGAAAGAAGACAUUUUGAGAAUGGAGGUCACACAACCAGGUUUUUUGUCCAAAGCUGAGACUGAAUGGACUGAAGAGGAAAAAAAGCAGUUCAAGGAAUAUGAUAAAAAAUUUAAGGAGCUCAAUGAGGAGAAGGAAAAGUAUAGGAAGAUACUAGAGGCAGAAAUGAAAAAGAUCCAGGUAUCUAUCAUGGAGACCACACUUGCUUUUGAUGAGAUUUUGACAAAACUGUUUGAAAAAAAGGUGCAUUGUGAAAUGGUCAUCUAUCAGGAGGAACUGAAAAUCAGCAAUCUCCUGUUCUCAAUUCUCAUUGAAGAAGAGAUAAAUAUCAGAGCGGCACAACUGAACCAGAUCAUGGACAAGAAACGGAAGCAGAAGAAUCAAACAUCAGACUUAGUUAAGACUUUCAAAGCUGCAGUGGAAUCUUUCAGGGAGUCCUAUGAUGACCUAGUGGCAGAAGAUAAGUUGUUAGAUCGUGGAUUCAAGAAGGAAUUUUCUGAUGUUCAAGCUCACCACGUGGAUCAGCUUUAUAAAUUGUACAAAAAAAGACCAAGAGUUCAGCGACUUAGGACUCAGACAGAAAGUGAGGUGCCAUUUGGUGAUCGGCCAGGAUCUGCAAAAGCUCAUAAUGACUCAAAUGUUCAGCUAAUGAAAGCAAUGGAUGAAUUAGAUGAUCCGGUUCAUAUGCCAGAAGGACUGGAUCUUGCAAUUUGGGAGCGCUUCUGUCUGGCAAGGAGAUCAAAGAUGGAAUAUGAACAGCAAGUAAAGCGCAAAGCUUUGGUUCUAGCAGAGAUGCAGGAAUUCUUACAUAAAAGAAUUGAAGAAGAUGAAAGAACACGGCAGGACAUUGAGGAUAUUAUGCAAGAACUCAAUAUACUGCGAAAUGCGAAAAUGAAGUUUCAGCUGGAUCUGACUGUCCAGUUCAUACUAAAACAAGGCCAAGUGGAAGUGGAGAACUCUGACCUAAUUCCCAAUUAUACAGAUGCCAUACUUCUUCACAGGAGUGUCAUAGAAGACUUAAACAGCAAUAUACGGGGUUUAGGAGAGCAGAAAAUAGCAAGCAUGGUGGAAAGCAAAGAUUUCCGGAAAGGAAUCUUCCAGCUUGAGUGGGAACAUAAAAAAAUACAAAUGGAGAUGGAAGACCUGAAAAAGAAAUCCAGAGAUAUCACAAUGCUUCGUGUGACAAAAGAAAUUCAGACAUUCCUCAAUGAAUCAAACUAUGACAUGCGGAUAUCUAGUCAGAUGCAAGUCCUGGAAGAGACCAUCAACGUUCAAGAAAAACAACAUGAGAAAAACAUAAAACAGUUCAAACAAGUUAUUAAGGACUUGGAAAAACAUAUGAACAGAAAGAAAGAGACAAAUACACAGCUUGACAAGGAUCUACAGGGCACACUCAUUGCCUUCUCUGAAAGAAAGCAUAUUUAUGAUGUGGUUGGAGUAGAACAGAGUUCGGAGAAGAAUGCCAGAGAUAGAUACAUAGACAUUGUCCAGCGCAGGAAACUCGUUGAUCUUGUAAAGGCUCAAGCUCAAGAGAUCACAAUGCUCCGCACUGAACUAGAUCGACUGAGGAUGAAAACCUUUCCCGCACUUGUACAAAUGGAGUACUAGAUACCUGUAUUUCAAACCUGGUUUACCUAUUAAAAACAAGCACACUUGU